CAAAAGAAAACCUGCGCAUAGGUAAAUUUGCAAACAUCAUUAACAAAUUACAUUAUUUUCAAAUAAAAACACAUUUAUAUUGUAUUUGUAAAAUUAGGUGUUUUAAAUAUAUUCCAUUAUAUUUAAAAAGUGCAAUCUAAGUGUAGUUUUAAUUAUAUUUUAUGCAAUUUCUUAAAAUAAGAUUUUUAGUGUUGUUUAUUGAAAUAACAUUGUAGUGUAUUUGAAUUGAUGUGGUUGGAGACCAGACCCCUGUGGUACCCCUCAUGUCAUUUUACAUGCUUCUGAACUUAUAUUAGUUUAGUGUACAAUUCAAUUUCCACUUUUGUGUCUUUAACAUGAUAAAAAAAAAUAAAAAUAAAAUAAAAUCAUAAAAUAUGUUACACCAGUGGAAUAUAUUCAGAAUCUCACAGCUACACAAACAAAGAGCAUUUUAUAAAGAAUUCCUUCAGUGUGUCACUGAAUAGCCGCAUUCCCCCCGCCUGGUGAACCCGUCGCCUGGUCCCGACAAUCCAAUUUAGGGAUCUUUCCAUCUGGAAUUAGCUUGUUUUGACCGUGUUGCAAGGCACCACGGGAAGUCAGGGGGCUUACGGCUUAGCGCUAUAAAGGCGUUGAGCCGACCUCGACUUCCCCGCUGGCGCUUCGGACCUUCACCCGGAUUUCAGGUUUCCUGCGCGUACGUUUCCUGCAAAAAUGGUUCUGGACGAUUCCGACGUGGAGAUGAUUGUGACUGACGAAGUUGCUGAGCACGAUGUGGAGACCCCCUACGGAAGACUCCACUGCACCAUGCGGGGGGUCCCCAAAGGGGAGCGGCCCGUCAUCCUCACCUUCCACGACAUCGGACUCAACCACAAAACGUGCUGGGAUUCGCUGUUCACCCACGAGGACAUGGCGGAGAUCCUGAACCACUUCGCCGUGUGUCACGUGGACGCCCUCGGCCAGCACGAGGCCGCUAACACCUUUUCCACUGGCUACGAGUAUCCGACCAUGGACGAACUCUCCGAGACGCUCCCGCUGGUGCUGAAGCAUUUCGGGUUGAAGUCUGUUAUUGGAUUAGGGAUGGGAGCCGGAGCCUACAUGCUGACCAAAUUCGCCCUUGAUUACCCGAAAAUGGUGGAAGGUCUGGUGCUCAUCAACAUCAACCCGUGUGCCGAGGGCUGGAUGGACUGGGCUGCGCACAAGAUCACCGGCUGGACCCACGCCUUGCCCGAUCUGAUCAUCAGCCAUCUCUUCGGCAAGGAGGAGAUCCACAACAACCAGGAACUGGUGGCCACGUACCGCCACCACAUCUUGAAGGACAUGAACCAGUUCAACCUGCAGCUCUUCAUCAAGGCCUACGAAAGUCGGAGGGACCUGGAGAUCGAGAGGCCGGUCCCAGGAAGCAACGUCAGAACCCUCAAGUGUCCGUCCCUUCUGGUGGUUGGGGACAGCUCGCCUGCUGUGGACGCUGUGGUGGAGUGCAACACCAAACUGGACCCCACAAAAGCGACCCUGCUUAAGAUGGCCGACUGUGGGGGCAUGCCCCAGGUUGACCAGCCCGGCAAGCUGACAGAGGCGUUCAAGUACUUCAUUCAGGGCAUGGGAUACAUGCCGUCCGCCAGCAUGACCCGCCUGCUGCGCUCUCGCACGGCGUCGGGUUCCAGCGUGACGUCCGCCGAGGGCUCGCGUUCGCGCUCGCACACCCACGAGGGCAACCGCUCGCGCUCGCACACCAACGAGGGCCCGCGCUCGCGGUCCCACACGGCCGACCACCAGCGGGGCCACGCCCCCGCGGCCGACGCCGCCCCCGCCGUGGACCAGGCCAUGCUCAAGGCCCCCGAAGUGUCUUGUUAAAUCGGCAACAACAAAAAAAAAACAUCUUGUUUAACCCUUCUUUGUUUGCUGCACCACUGUCAACAUGUUUUUAAAAAAAUCUGGAUUAGGAGGGUUGGACCUGUGCUUUUGGGUCUGGUGAUGGUGUAGUGUGUAGAUGUAUCGCUAGGGGGUGACAGAGAGCUCGUGCGUCAUUUUAUGUCUCUUCACCCUGUUUUUUUUUUUUUGUAUCAAACGGACACAUAUGUUGACUUCAACGCAUUUUCACUCGCUGUUGGGGCAGUGUAACACUUGCCCCAUAUGAAAAAUCUCCACUGCUGGGCAAAAUUUGUGGGGAAUGAUUUAAAAAAUAAAAAAAUCUGGAUCUGAUGGGGCAAUGCAACAUUUGCCCCAUAUGCGAACUGCUCAGCAAAAUUUGUGAGGCAUGAUUACAAACCCGAAUAUUUUUCUACGACAGCGCCAUCUUCUGGGUCUAGCGGGGCGCUGCCCCCGUGGACCACACCAUGACAAAGGCAGUGUGUGUUUUUUUUUUUUUUUUGUGCGUGUCCAUUUCAAAUUAGGGUUAGGAGGAUUCAUUGAACCGGUGCUGUUGAGCCUGGUGAUGAUGUAGUGUGUCGGGGCAUCGUUAGGGGGCGACAGAGAGCGCGGAGGAAGCUUGUUGUGUUUCAUUAUUUGUCUCUUGCUGUUUGUUUUUUUGGUUUUUAUUUACCAUACUGACUGCUUACUCAUUAUUGCAAAUUUUCGCAUUUAUUUUACUUUCCUUCCGCUUGGAAACAAACAUUAAGAAGGAAAAACAUACAACAUUAAGGGACAUACUUGUUUUUUUAAUCAAAACCACUCUAAAUCGAAAAGCUUUAUUAAUAAUGCCGGCAGGAAAAAAAACAAUUAACGUUUUUUUUAUACACUUUUUUUUCUAUACAAUCAAGCACAACGGAACGAAGCGGCGCCAUGCCGUUGUUCACUUUGUGUGUGUAUGUGUGAGACAUAAAAUUAUUGUUUUUGUUGUUAAUAAUAAUAACAACGGCAUAGAGCUUAGCUGCCGCUCUGUCUCUCUCCUCUCUUGGCUUGCACUACGUUGGCCAACAUUUGCUUUUGUUGGAGCUUUUUGACGGCUUUGUAAAGAGGCGGCAUAACAGUUUGUAUUUAUUAAGAAAAAAAAUUACAUUAAAAAAAAAUGCUAACUUGUAACUCA